AUGUCCCAGCCUCCGUCUCCUCCCCUGGAGUUAUCCGACACUUCUAUCAUAGCGGACGAACUGGCGUACCCUCGAACGAGUCGCUCGUGUUGUGACCGCGGACAGAAACAAAUACUAAGGGGAGUCAGCAUAUUAGAUGGGAAAAUCAAAAAAGAACCGGAUCAUGUCAGUAACUCUGCCAGCGUCAGUGACAGUGAAGCGCGGGCUCGUUCACUGGAAGAGUCACUAGAGGCCGCCAUGAGAGUCUUAAAGAACAAAGAGGAGACGGUUCGCGUGCAGGCGGAGAGUCUCGCGCUGGCUGAGGAACGACUGGCGACACUCGGACAGGAGAGAAAAGAAAUGGUCCAGACGCUUCAGGACAAUCUGUCCGUUAUAGAAGAACUCUAUAGAGAAUGUUUUUACGAAACAGCAAGACAAGAUGAGAUCAUCGCGUUGUUAAGAAACACGUGUCGUGGACACAGCAGGGUGAUGGAGACAAGGAAACAACGGGAGAAGGACCUAGCACUAGAGGUGGAGAACCUCAAAGUGGAGAUAUCUAAUUACCUGAACAGUUCCACCAACAACGACUCGGGAGUGUGGGAGACGGGUGGGGGUGAGGGGCGCGCGGGGGAGGGGGAGGGGCCGGACGAUCUGCGGGGGGUGCUGGAGCAGCUGCAGCGGCUCUGGGACGUGCUACAAGUACGGACUAGAGAAUGGGAAUGGGUUGAGAGUGAAUGA